AUGAAAAAACUUCUCGACUCUCUUCCGCGUAAUAAGCUCUCCCUUUUUUCUGCGGUUGCAACUGCCUCUUUCCUCAGCACACGCUCGAACACGCUCUCUUCAUACAAGCCUAUCUUACUUGAUGUCAUUAAGUCUUCCACGGUGAUUAUGUCUCUGCCUUUUACAGUGGGCGACUCUGUCUCCAUAAACAACGCAACUGGAAGAGUGUCCAGCGUGUCCAUUAAGUAUGUUGCACUGGAGAGCAAAGAGGCAGUGACGUACAUACCUACGCAUCUUCUAUACGGGUCUAUUAUUAAAAAGUAUAAAUAA